AAUCUUGACUGGUGAACCAUGUUUCAACCCACCCCGAAGAGGUGUUUUACCAUAGAGUCUUUGGUAGCGAAGGAUAAUCCUUUGCCAGCGUCGAGAUCCGAGGAGCCCAUACGACCAGCGGCUCUCAGCUAUGCAAACUCAAGCCAGAUGCACCCAUUUUUAAACGGCUUUCAUUCCAGCGGCAGGGGCGUCUACUCGAACCCGGACUUGGUGUUCGCUGAGGCUGUUUCACAUCCUCCCAACUCCGCCGUCCCAGUCCAUUCAGUACCUCCUCCUCAUGCUUUGGCUGCUCACCCACUGUCGUCCUCGCACAGUCCGCACCCUCUUUUCGCAAGCCAGCAAAGGGACCCUUCAACUUUUUAUCCAUGGUUGAUACAUAGAUAUAGAUACUUGGGUCACAGAUUUCAAGGAAACGAAACGAGUCCGGAAAGCUUCCUAUUGCACAAUGCACUGGCAAGAAAGCCCAAAAGGAUUCGCACAGCUUUUUCACCAUCACAGCUACUUCGGCUUGAACAUGCUUUCGAAAAAAAUCAUUACGUAGUCGGUGCGGAACGAAAACAGCUCGCUCACAGCCUUGGCCUCACAGAAACUCAGGUUAAAGUUUGGUUUCAGAAUAGAAGGACGAAGUUCAAGCGCCAGAAACUGGAGGAGGAAGGUUCGGAUUCACAACAGAAAAAGAAAGGAACUCAUCACAUAAACCGAUGGAGAGUGGCCACAAAACAAGGAAGCCCUGAGGAAAUUGACGUCACCUCAGACGAUUAAAAGACUUAAACUGUUUGAACCCGGGACAGCGGCGUGGCUUGAAGUAUGUCACGGAUAAGGAUGCUGUGU